AUGAAGCCUAUUGUAAUAUCAGGUCCAUCAGGUGGAGGUAAAAGUACCAUUAUUACUAGAGCAAUGCAAGCAUAUCCGAAUGCGUUUGCAUUUGCUGUUUCACAUACGACACGAAAACCACGACCUGGAGAGAUUGAUGGGAAAAAUUAUUGGUUUAUAACCGAGAAAAAAUUUAACGAAAUGAUCAAAGAUAAUGAAUUUCUGGAGUAUGCAACUUUUGGUGGCAAUAUCUACGGAACAUCGAAAAAAGCAUUGGAAGAUAUAUCGAAAGCAGGGUGUAUAUGCAUCUUAGAUGUGGAGCUACAGGGUGUCCGUACUAUACACAAAUGUGGAUUAGAUGCAAAAUAUAUUCUGAUCAGAGCGCCAAGUUUGGAAAUAUUGGAACAGCGCUUGCGUGCUCGUGAGACAGAAACCGAAGAAUCGUUGAAAAAACGCAUGAAACAUGCAGAAGACGAUUUAAAUGCUGUGGAUGCCGAGCCGACUUUAUUUGAUUUUGUGAUAGUAAACGACGAUUUCGAACGAGCCUAUAAUGAUUUUUUAACAGCAAUUAAAGAGGAGUUGAGCGAAUUUAUGUCUCAAAGGACGAAAUAA